UAUACUUAAAGGUGAUCACAAUUGGCAAAUUGUGAGUUAGGUUAGGUCUAUAGGAUACAUUUACAGCUAAUUUCAGUAUGAGUUCACAUAUGCAAUGAUAGUUUACGAUACGAAUUUUGUAACCAUCAGUCCGGCAGAAACUUUUGUAUUGUAACAACGAAUUUAUGAGUUUUGGUGUAUAUCAUGCAUAUCUUUAUUUUUCAUAUUUUUAAUGUAACAAUUUUAAGUGAUAGUCGAUCAUAAAACGACCUUUGUGAAGGCUCAGUGUGCAUGCGCUACGUGCACUUGAUCAAGAAAGUAGUGUUGCUUUACCUAAGGCAUAUGACGGAUAUUAGAAGUUUUCUUUUUAAAUUAAGUACAAAUUGUCAGCAAGAACUGGCCAGAUGAAGAUAAUGUCAGAUGAUGAUGCUGCAUUGGAUUCAAUGGAUACAGAAGAGGAUAUUUUUUCUCCAAGAAAAGCCUGCAGUAGCUUGGGCUCUAAUGCCAGAAGGGUUAAAAGUUUACGUACUUUGCGAUCACAUUCAAAUUCUACUUCUCAUAUAUCUAUGAAUAACUUAAGUGUACGUCGUAGUACACGUCAUAGAAUGCAAACAUAUGAUAAUCUUAAUACUAGUUGGAUUUUAGGUACACAAACAUUAAAAGGUUAUCCUAUGUUUCAACAACAUGGUUCUUCAUCUGAUAAAGAAAUGGUGGAUGAAGUUCCUGAAAGAAAACGUGAUGUUAGGGAACGUAUGCCUCUUAGGUCACGUGAAAAUCAUCCUCCAAAUAAAAAUUCAUCUAGACAUAUUAGGGAAAGAACAGAACAUGAUAGACAAAAUAAUAGAGAACUUAGAGGAAGAGGUGAUCGUGAUCUUAGAGAAAAAACAGAACAAGAGAAAGAUAUUAGAGAUCUUAAAGAAAGAACAGAGAGAGAACAUAAAGAUAAAAUAGAAACCAGAAGUAAAUCUAAUGAAGAAAAAGAUGCAAGAACAAGAAAAUCUGAUAGCCCAAGUAGACUUAGAGAAGGACCUGCUACAAGACUUGGUGGAAAUUUAGGUGAAAAGGAUGUAAAAUCUAAAGUAGAACGUGUAGAAGCUGAUGAAGAUAGUUCACAAGAAAGUGAAAAAGCAGAAAAUAAUUCUGAAAAUGAAGAUGGUUACGAAGAUAUGUAUACUCGUAUUAAACGGACUAGGAGAACAGCACAACGGCAAUUACCAAGGGGUAAGAAGCUUACAGUAGAUAGUGAUUUAAGUGAAUCUUCCGACUCUCCUGGUCCUAGAAAGUAUAGUUUACGUCAGAAAAAACCAGCUGUAGAUAGAUUUCAAGCUAAUGUAGAACCGGUUCGGCGAUCUAUAAAAGCACUUAGAAGUGUUCUUAGUAAUUCCAUGAGGAGGCGUAAACAUAGAAGCAAAAGUACAAGCUCUAGUGAUUCCAGUGAUUCAGAACCUCAACGUUAUGAUAAGAAAAAAAGUAAAAAAGCAAGGCAAUCAGCAAUACCUCAAGGUGGACCACCUGAUCGCAAAGCAGAUAUAAAUCCAAUUACUUUAGAUACCAAUAUUAGAUUUAAUGAUGUUGGAGGUUUAGAAUCGCAUAUUCACUGCCUUAAAGAAAUGGUAGUUUUUCCUAUGAUGUAUCCAGAUAUUUUUGAACGUUUUCACGUUACCCCACCAAAAGGAGUAUUAUUUCAUGGUCCACCAGGAACUGGUAAAACAUUAAUAGCUAGAGCAUUGGCAAAUGAAUGUAGUCAAGGCAGUAAAAAAAUGUCAUUCUUUAUGAGAAAGGGUGCAGAUUGUCUAUCCAAAUGGGUCGGAGAAUCUGAACGUCAGUUGCGAUUAUUGUUUGAGCAGGCUCAACAAAUGAAACCGUCCAUAAUAUUUUUUGAUGAAAUAGAUGGCCUUGCACCUGUUCGAAGUACGAAACAGGACCAAAUCCAUGCUAGUAUCGUAUCUACCCUUUUAGCACUUAUGGAUGGACUCAGUGAUAGAGGAGAGGUAAUAGUUAUUGGAGCUACAAACAGAAUAGAUGCUAUUGAUCCAGCAUUACGUAGACCAGGUCGUUUUGAUCGAGAAUUGUUUUUCCCAUUGCCUGCUAUGAAAGAAAGACUAGAAAUAUUAAAAAUUCACGUCAGUAAAUGGAAAAAUCCUCCAUCUGAUCAAUUGUUAGAGAUAUUAGCCGAAAAAGCAACAGGUUAUUGUGGUUCAGACUUAAGAGCUUUAUGCACAGAAGCAGUUUUGCAAGGAUUGCGAAGAACUUAUCCUCAAAUAUAUAUGACAAAUAAUAGAUUACUUUUAGAUCCUGAACGAGUUGAAGUGAAGAAACGAGAUUUUUUUCAAGCUAGUUCAAUUCUUGUACCAUCAUCACAGAGAGUAUCUCCUUGUGCUCGAAGAAAAUUAAAACCUUUCAUGGAACCAUUAUUAGGACCUUUGUUGGAAGAAUUAGUCAAUUCAAUAAAAGGAAUAUUUCCUCAAGGAAUUAAUCCUGCUAUGGCAAAAGUAAAAAUUACCAAAGGAAUACAUCGUCCAAGAUUAUUAAUUUCUGGUGGAAAUUUAUCUGAAGGUCAAGGGCCACAUUUAGCACAAGCAUUAUUAUAUCAUAUGGAACAUCUGCCAGUUCAAACAUUAGAUGUUAGCACUCUUUUUGCAGAAAGUGGACGAUCUCCCGAAGAAACCUGUGUACAGGUAUUUAAUGAAGCUGCCAGGAAUGUACCGUCCAUAAUUUAUAUUCGGUCAAUUGAUCAAUGGUGGCCACUUGUACCUGAAACUGUAAAAGCAGUUUUUUUGUGUCGUAUUGCAGCACUUGAUCCUUCAUUACCUAUUUUAAUUUUAGCUACAAGUGAUAGAACAUAUCAAGAUCUUCCUAUUCAACUUCAAAGUCUAUUUAGUGAAUUACGAAAUGAAGUUUAUUCUAUGAAAACACCAACAAAAGAUCAAAGAUCUAAAUUCUUCCGACCUAUUUUCAUGAUUCAAAGCCUAAAACUACCAAAAAUAAAAGAUGAUAAAAUAGAAAUUUUAGAAGAGCUUCCUUUAGCACCAGAUCCUUUACCAAAGAAAUUAACAGAAGAAGAAAAAAAAAUAAUAUACGAAAAAGAAGAAAUUUCAUUAAGAGAAUUGAGAAUUUUCUUGAGAGAAAUUUGUGCAAAACUUGCAAGGAAUAGACAAUUUUUCAUGUUUACAAAACCAGUGGAUACAGAAGAAGUACCAGAUUAUAAUAUGAUAAUAAAACAACCUAUGGAUUUAGAAACCAUGAUGACAAAGAUUGAUAUGCACUGUUAUCUUUGUGCUCGAGAUUUUCUUGAUGAUAUCGAUCUCAUUUGUAAAAAUGCUUUAGAAUAUAAUCCUGACAGCUUACGUGAUAGGCCUUCCCUUGGAAUAUUAAAGAGAGAUCCAGCUGACAAAUUAAUAAGGCAUCGUGCAUGUUCCCUUCGUGAUAAUGCAUAUGCGUUAAUAAAAGCAGAAUUGGAUUCCGAUUUUGAGGAUAAAUGUCGUGAGAUUUCAAAGAAUCGUAGAAUUAUUGAAAGUGCGACUACCAACGAAGUGGAAGAUAAAAGCCAAUCUAAAAUAGAACAACCUACGUCUGAACGAAUAGAUGUAAAAAAAGACAAUGCGAGUCCUAGUCAUUCCCUGAUUGUAAAUGGAAGAAGAUAUAAUAAUUCUAGGAAACGUCGAAUACCAGCUUGGGCAAGAGGCUAUGUGAAAAAAGUUCAUAAGAAGAAGAAAAUCGCAUUUGAAGAAAAUGUAACUGUAUCUGAUAACAAAAUUUGUUUAACUAAUGAAACAACAAGUAUAGAUUUAGAAAAAUUUCAAGAAUUUGAAACUGAAGCAAACAGUGUUUUAAAUGGUCAUGUACCUUUGUUUGAUAAUUCUGAUUCUGAGAAUGAUUCACAAAAUGAAAGUUCGAAAGAUAUGCAAGGUAUUCAAAGCAAUAAUAUUAAUGAUCAGCAUAUUGAUGAAAUUGAAAAUAUGGAAAUAUGUUUUAUGGAAGAAGAAAAGAAUGCAGAAAAUAGUGCAUCUAAUUCAUCAUCCAGACGAGAAAGUAUAGAUGAAUUAUCAUUUGCUAUUGAGAGUGAUUCUAGUCCAGCCAGAUUUGAAGAAAAUGAGAAACUUGUAGUAGAUAAAAAUGAAUUAGAAAAUGCAUGGCAAAUCACUGUUGAAGUUACAAAGGAUUUUCCUGUUGAAGUAUUAUGUGACAUUUAUGUACAACUGAGUCGAUGUGUAGGAAAAUAUGCUCAGAAUUACGAUAGAAAAUCACUGCCAAAGGACUUGCUCAAGGAAGUGAAAAGAUUUGAAGAAUUCAAGACAACAUAUGAAAAAGUUCAUCAUGUCGCUAAUCAGACCGACAUGUUAUAAGUCAUACUAUUUUUAGUAUCAUUAUAAAAAAUUUUUUGUACAUUUACACUAAACAAAGAUUAUUAAUUAGUGUUAAAUCACAUGAUGAUUUAAAAUAGUAUGUUUUUUUUUGUUUUACUGCGUAAAGUUUAAAGAACGGGUAAUUAUUAUUAUACAAAUAUAAAUGAAAGAUAUGAAGGAAAACCGAAAUAAUAAUACAUUUAAAUUUCGGUUUUUAAAGACAUGGUGAAAUAUAACUGUACGUUCAUAUAACAAAACAAAAAAUUAUUGUUGUAUGUGAAACUAAGAGAAAAGGAUUUAAAACAUUUAUCUCAGUAUCUAAAUAUAAAAUGAUAAAUUAUUAUAACUAUAUUGGCUUUCAUUAUCUAUAAUUAUUAGUAGCUGAGAUGAUAUAUCUCUUAGUAAAAAAUUUUGAUAUCAAAUUUAGAUAUUUCAAUAAUUAUGUGAGUUACAAUUAUUGCAAUUAUUUGCUAUUAUUAACAUUUUCAAAAAAAUUGAUUUAAAAAGUCAGAGAUAAGAAAUUAGUUAGAAGAUGACAAAUAAUUUGUUUUCUUUAUAAAUCAUAUAAAAAAUUUAUAAAUAUAAUUUUAAUGGGGUACUUGUGAAAUAAUUUUACGUUUUUACGUUUUUGUGUAUAGCACUUUAUGCCUCAAAAAGGUAUUCAUAAUAACAAAAUUUUGCAAAUAAUGGUUAUACAAAGAUGAUGGUAAUUUAAUACAAUAUGUACUUAACUAUAGUUUUUUACAUGUGGUACUUGGCAGUAUAUUAUAUCAAGUUAUUUGUAUAUGAAUAUACUAAGAUCAUGAUAAAUCUUGAUAAAAUACAUUAUAGAUUCAUUAUAUGCGCCAGUUAUUACUUUGGAUUUUUACAGUUCUUUAGGUAAUUUUUAUAAAGUACUUUAAAAAUAGACAUAUCUUGAUACACAUGGUUCCACUAUGAAAUCACAUGUGCCCUAUUUUUAAAAAAAAAAUCAUUUAAUGAAAUAAUACUCACACACAACAUAAAAAUAUAUAAGUUUUAAAUUUGUAUAAUAUCAAUGACUUUGUGUAUUAGUUUCAAUUAAUCAUUAAAACAAUGAAAAUAUUUCAUAAAGUGAAAAAUAUGUAAAUACAUUCCUUUUAUGAGCAAUGUUAUAUAUUGCAUAAAUAACUAUUUUUGGCUUUGUACAUAAUUUAUUUUUAGGAGUAAUUUGUACUAGAUUUCAAUUUAUAAUUUUUAAUUGAAAUAUAUUUGCAUAAAUACAAUGAUUUGUAGUAAAUUAUUUAAAAUAAUAUUUGAUAUAAUAACUUUUUAUCAAUAUAUAUAUGUAAAAAUUAAUGAUAUCUAAUAUGAAUAUAAUUUUUAUAUACAUUGAUAGCUAUUAAUGUUAUAUAUAGCAUUAUUCAAAUUUAAAACUAUUGCUUUAAUUAGUAUGAUAUAAUUGAAUGCAAUUAUAAGUAAUCUAUAAUUAUAUUCAAACUAAUUUUGUAUUAUGAGUGAUUUAUAAUUGAAAUAUAGUACAUAUUUGUCAGUUUAUUUUGACCAAAGUUAAACCAUAAGUGAAAUAAUGAAGAAAUAAAUUUUAUUUCUCUCCUUUGUAUUAUGAAUAUAAAAAUGAAUAUAAUUGAAAAUUGUUGAAUAAAUGUUGAAUACCUCGGUAAAAAUCAUAAGUAUAUGCAAAGAAUACUGUAUCUGUAUAAAUAGAAAAUAUUUAACAUAAAAUUUACAUUCUAGAUUCAUACAGUGGUUGUGAUUAUUAUAUAACUGUGAAAGAAUAGUUACCAAAUGCUGUACAUGGGAAAAAAAUUUUGAUGUAUUUUAGAGUUCAAGUAAUAAGAUUCUGCCUAUUGAUUAUUUAUUGCUUAUUGGUCAUAUAAAUAAUAUUUUUUUUAUUAAAAUAUAAAAGAAUAAUGUGUUAGAAAAAAAUGAAUUUCUUUAUUUACUUUCAAUUAUUUAGGAAUAGAAAUAUUAAAUAAAUAUUAUAAGUUAAGAUGGACUAUAAGAAUUUAAUGAUAAUUCUUAUAAUCAAGCAUAUAAUAUAAUAAAUAAUAUAAUAAAUAAAAUCCUUAAAAAAAUGUUAUUUAUAGAAUUGUGUUAUUAUUAGAUUGGUAAUUUGCAUUUUAUUAUUUUUAUAUUAGUCAAAAUCUUCGAAUAUAUAAAUUAUAAAUAAUAAAUGUAAAAAAAUUAUUUUUUAUUUAUGAUGAAAAUUACAAUUAUGUUUGACGAAAUUAUAAUUGAAAUACUUAAAAUUUGUUAGAAUAUAAAAAUCAAAAGACUGAACUGUAGAAAUGCUCAUUGCAUAGUAUUUAUUUUUUUUUGUAUUAUUUUUUAUAUUCAAAUUAAAUUAGAAAAGUAAUUUUCAAUAUUCUAUUAAAUAAUCUUUUAUAAUGUAAAUAUCAAAUUUUGAGAUAAAAUAAUUUUUUAUGUAAUAUUAUGAAAAUAAUUAUAUGUAUGUUUAAUUUUUUAAUAUAUGCUUGAUGUUUUAGAAUGAUAUAUUAAGAUUAAAAUAAUUAAUUUAUAGAGAAUACAUAUAAUUUAUAUUAAUGAUAUGUCAUACUAAAGAAAUUCAUUUUACUUUUAAUAAUGAUAAUUUUCAAAAAAAUUCGGAUAAUUUUCAUAAUUUAAUUUAAUAUUGUAUAUGAAGAUAUAUUUCUAUGUUUUAUUAUAAUAAAAAUGUUCCAUAUAUACAUAUAUAUAUAUAUAUAUAAUAUUGUUUUGUAUAAAAUUGAGAUAUAUUGAGCAAAAAAAUGCUUGACGUAAAAAAAUUUAAAAGUAUUUGUUAAUAAUUUUGAAAUUUUGAAAUACUUUUUGACAACAUAGUAAAUGAAAUGAAUAUGAUAUUAUGAGAAUUAAGAAAUUAAUAAAUUUUAGUUUAAGUUUCUGCAUAAUUUAAAAUUAAUUUAAAUUUUAAUGAUUAUAAAAUACUUUUAGUCAAAUUAUUAUAUUUAAUUAUAUAAUAAAAUACCAAGAUAUUUCAAAACUUAGUAAAAAUGAUAAUUAAAAUAAUAAACUUUCUCUUGCUCAGGUACAUCACCAUUUAUAAUAAGAAAAAUCAACAUUAUGCAAAUUAGUGCCACAUUAUGAAAACUGAAUAAAUAUUGAUUCAUAUUAAAAUAGAUAAAAAAAUUAAGUUAACAAAAAUGUUGUUACCAUUACAUAAUAUCAUUUAUAAUAUUUAUCUUAAAAAUGCAAGGAAUUUAAUUAAUGCUAAAAACAAGCUGUAAUAUUGCUUCUAGUUUUCAAAAUAAUAAUUAAUAAAAAUUUCAGCGAUAUGAAAAUUUGUUUAAAAUUUCUGUUAUUUAAUGAUAUAGUCUAUAUGCAGAUAUUUUUUAUCAAUUUUAUAUAAUUCGAUAUGUAGCAUUCACAAAUAAGUUUUUAUUUAAUUCAAAUAUAUCCAUCAAAUAAAUAUCGCUGAUAUUUGCCAAAGAAGUUGUAUAAUAUUUCAAUGAUAAAAAUUCAAAUGUAAACUUCAAUAAAUAGUAAAUGAUACAGAAAAAUCACAUAUACAAUUAAUAAAAGAUUAAUAAAAGAUGAUUAAUAAAAGAAAAAACAUUAAUUGAAUUAUUGUGACUUUCCUGUUUUCAUUGAUAUAUGUAUUUUACAUUCCAUUUUAUGAUAAAGAAAUCCAAAAUAUGUAAUUAUUCCAAGAAUAAUUUCUGGUGCUAUUUUCUAAUGUACUGUCAUCUCUGUAUUACCAAUAAUAUUGCAAAAGAUAAAAAAAACUAUGUAACUAUAUGUACAUUGUAUUAAUCGAGAGGUUCUCGUAACCACUGCCGUUUGAACUAUAAUUACUUUGCUAAAGUAUUCAAAUAAUAAAGAUUGUAAUACUGUUUUUUGUAAAAGAACAUAUUGACUUACGAAUUCAAUAAAACUUUUGUUGAAUUAUUCGUACAAUAUGAUCUUUGACAGACAGUAUAUGGAGCAGAUGUGUAGAAGAUAUAGGAAACAAAGCAAGAGAGUAUACACUGCCUUAUUUAUUUUACCAUACAGGUAAUACGUUUUAUUGUCAUUUAUUGUAGCAUAAUAAAUUGAAAUUUAUAAUAUAA